UAAGUGUUUCACAAAUUAAAUGAUUGGUUGGUACUUUUGUAGAUGAGGUAUUUGAAGCCAUCCAACUUGUUUCAUGAAUUACUGAAGUCAAAUGCACUUGCAAGUGGCCGUAUUCUUGGGUUGGAUGUGGGUGAUAAGUACGUUGGUCUAGCUGUUUCGGACACAACAAAUAAAGUUGCAUCACCUCUCGCUGUUCUCCUCCGCAAGAAAACAAAUAUUGACUUGAUGGCCAAAGAUUUACAGGGUUUGGUUUCUGAACUCAACUUGGGGGCCUUUGUUUUCGGCUAUCCAUUUGAUAGACAAAAAAUUAGUCGAGAUGCUGUGCAGGUGAAGUUAUUCAUUGACGACCUUUGUCGGACAGGGGAGCUUAGAGGUGUAAACUACACCUUUAGGGAUGAAUGCUUCACAUCUAAGAAUGUCGAGUUCUUACUACAAGAUUUAAAGUUUCACCCAACACAGUCGAAGACCAUGUUAGACAAAUUUGCAGCAGUUGGAAUACUUCAGGGGUACCUCGACUUUGUUAACAGGAAACUCGCCUGAGAA